GAGAAAAAGCUUUUGUCACCCUUCCCGUUAGUUUUGUGUGUGUCCCAUGUAGUCUCAUCUCAGCAGUGGGAAGACCUCAUCUAGAGAUACAUUUCAACGUUUAAUAUGCUUUGCUUUUGUAUCUUCAGUGUGUUGUAUGGGUAUGGUUAAGCUUUAGAUAUUAGAAACAGAUGUGAGAGGGGAACUCAGUCACUAUCCAGGAUACAGUACAGAUUUUUACGGUAAGGGAAGAGGGGAGGGGUGAAGAAGCGAGGGGAGGAGAGCAGGAGAUGGGGGAAGACAUCACUGCCUCCCCAACCACCGCAAUCGCCAAAGGAAACACUGUAAUCUCAAGGAACAUCUCAAAGAUUUCCUCAGGAAUCACCACGAAGUAACCUCGCGGGCAGCCACCAUUCAUUUCAGCGUCGUUGAUUCGGAUUAAAACCGACCAAUCGCAUGAAGCACUAGUAUAACCGGCCUGUCCUACAUUCCGACUCUUAUUUGUUUGUUUAAUUAUUUAUGAUAUUUACAACGCGUUUCGUGGCGAACGCUCGCGAUCGGAUGUUUUGCCUAUUUAGACAUUAAAAUGGCACCGUGAUUAUUUACCGGACUUGCACUGGAAUGGGUAAAAGCUUCAGGGCGGAGAGAGGCGGACUUUGUGAUCCCUGAAAAAUACAGAAGAGAUGCUCCACGGGGAUUAUUUUUAACGUCCGUGUUGACCUCUCAUCCAAGCAGCCCGAAGAGCAGAAACAAACACGAUGUGCUUCAGUGAUUCCCAGAAGCCAAAUACUGAGAAAUGAAUGCUGCCAGUUACGAUUUAAAGCACGGAGGAGAGAGGUUAUAAAUAGCGGAGCAAAGAGGAAAUGGAGCGUUUUCUUCGUGCCUGGAUGAGGAAUGCUGCAAUCCAUUUACAGUGAUAGACGUCUCACAUGCUUCAUAAGAGUUAGUUUAUGGUUUACCCGCUGUGAUACCAAGUGACAGUGAAUUUGUGUAGAGUAUGGGGAGCAACAGUGAAAUACUGAACCGGGAGCUGUCAAAGAUGUCUGAAGAAGACUUGCUGGCUUGUUCUAAGGAAGAGCUGGUGAGUCGACUCCGCAGAGAAGAAUCAGAAAAGAUGUCUGCUCUCAUACAGCGCGGUCGAUUAAUCAAGGAGGUCAAUAAACAACUGCAGGGACAUCUGCUUGAAAUCAGGGAACUCAAAGUCAUCAACCAGACGCUGCAAGAGGAGAACCAGGAACUUCGGGAUUUGUGCUGCUUUCUGGACGACGACCGUCUGAAAGUGAAGAAGCUCGCUCGUGAGUGGCAACUAUUCGGCCAUCACGCUGCUAAAGUGAUGCGCGAGGACCUCGGCGGAUACCUCAAGAAGCUCGCCGACCUCGAGCGGAUGCAAGACGGUCUGGUGAAGGAGAACCUGGAUCUGAAGGAACUUUGUUUGGUGCUGGAGGAAGAGUGUGUGAGCAGAAGUGAUUCCAGCCCGGGUGGCUCCACGGAUCUCAACAUACCGUGUAUGGUGGCCCGGGACGUGGGCGACGGGAGCUCCAGCACCGGGAGUGUUGGCAGUCCAGACCAAAUGCACUUGGUGUGUUCACCAGAUGACUGAAGGAGAGGAGCAGAGCCAUAUUACUUUAACCUUCUCUCUUGAUGCUGAGACAGACUUUUUAUGUCUUCUUAAGACAAAGUAGUUUACAUUUCCCGACAAAAACAUCUCAGCUAUUUCGGUGGAAAUAGACUCUAGCUAGUUUACUCAUGGCCUUUUGAUGCCAUAAAUACAGUUUCUCUAUAUUUCAUUGAUUAACAUUUUAUAGUUGGCAGACCUUUAACACUUGAGUAAAAUUAUUGGGUGCCAGGCAAAACAGAAUUAUUUUUAAUCUUUUGAAGUGACAGCCUUUCCUUUUAAAACAGUCCUCCUGCUGGGAAAUCCAGCUUAAAGGUUACAGUUCAAAUUGAAAUGAAAUGUUUGUCAUAAUUUACACCCCUUGAUGUCGUUCCAAACCUGUAUGCUUUCUGCCGUGGAGCACAAAAUGAGAUAUUUUGAAGAAUUAUUAUUUAGAAUAAGUGUUUUUAUAUCCAUACAUUAAAAGUCAGUGCUUUCCAAAACAAAGUUGGACUCCAUUGACUUUUAACCUCUGAAUCAGUUUUUUGCAAACGGGUUCGCUGACCCUGGUUUUUGGUUAUUGGAUGAAAAGCUUGUAACAAAAAAAUAAAAUAAAUAACACCUACUGACAAAGAUUAAAUAUUUUAUUUGCUUACCUGCAUGUCAUGCUGACCAUUAACUGGUAUUAGAGAACCUUAAACUUCAUGAGAAUUAACUGUUAAAUUAUUCAAAAAUUAACUAAGGGGGUAUUUCAAGUAAGUUUUUUAGGUUAAAGUUGUUCAGCUCACAAAAAUAAAUAAAUUGGGGAAUCCCAGGUAUGAGAAAGUCACACAGGUUUGCAACAAAUGUGAAUGAAUCGUUUUGAUUUACUUCCUUUUUAAGCUGGUAGAUUUGUUUUUGGAACAUGGUGGCUGGACUCUACCUGGUCUAAGUUAGUCGAAAACUAUUUUGACCAAGAUGAUAGGACCAACUGGUCUAAGAUAGCCUUCCAGCUUGAACUCUCUAGAAACCAUCCACCAUGUUGCAAAAGCUGCAGAUUUUCCAGCAGACCUAUUUAUGGUAUUAGUAUCAUUAUUUGAAUGUAUGAUUUUCCAAUUGUUGCAGGAAUGCUUCCUGUCAUCUCUUGUAGGGGUUGUAGAUAGGGGCAAAAAUUUAGUUUUGGGGUUGACAUUUUCAACAACAUUGAGAGAAACUAACCAUACUGCUAACUUGUACCAGGUUUACUGUGCACUGAUCUGUUCACGAGCUGAUGUUUUUCCUGCGAUGCACUAUGACAAGACUGCAAUGAAUCACAUGCACAUUUUUACUGAUUAGAGCCAUAUACUAUGUAGUGGUCUGUUUAAGAUCAUUACAAAAAGCACUGAACAUUUUUCAGCAAUGGAGAGGAAAUAAAGUAUCAAUAGACUGUGCAAAGUGAAGCCUCCAUUGUAAGCAGAUCCGAUUUUUUGUGAUGUAAUAUGGCUGUAUCAUGGAGGCCCAAGAAUGAUUAACUGAACAUGCACGUCACUAGACCACUUUUCUACGAGAUAGUUGUUUCCUGUUUAUUUUUAACUGGACAGUAUAAUUCACUAGAUGUAGUGACUUGUGCUUCACUAGACAAUGUUGCUGUGCUCUGCACUGAAUCCAAAAUGAACUUUAUUUUGCAUUAACCCAACUUUAACUACACAACUGUACUGUACAAAGCUUUCCAUGUUCAGUUGUUGCUUUGACAAGAAUUAAUUAAUACACACUGAUUUGACACUGUUUGAAGGAAAAAACAUUGACAUGUAGUUUAAAAAAUGAUUGUGCUAGAUAUUUGUCAUUAUUUUGUUGUAUUUGCUGCAUACUACAAGACCCUCCUACAUAGGAUUGUUUUCUUGUACAUGUUUUUAAUCAAGAAAUAUGAUCAGUAUUAAUUCAAUGACUGAAGUUUUAUUGCUACAAAACCCAGCUCUCUGAUUGGUUAGUAUUCGCUUUGAUUACUCAUUGUGAGUGAGAUGGCUUUAAAUACACUUGACUGACACACCAUG